UUUGAUAUCUUCUCCGUACAAAACAAGAAGAGCUCAGAAGGAAAAAAACACAGUGGGUUUGGUGAAAUGGGGAGAGGGAAGAUUGAGAUCAAGAGAAUAGAGAAUUUGAGCAACAGGCAGGUCACCUAUUCAAAGAGAAGAAAUGGGAUUAUUAAGAAGGCCAAGGAGAUUACUGUUCUAUGUGAUGCUCGAGUUUCUCUCAUUAUUUUUGCUAGUUCUGGCAAGAUGCAUGAGUAUUGUAGCCCUUCUACUUCUUUGACAAAUAUGUUGGAUGAGUAUCACAAAGCUGGAAAACCAAGGCUGUGGGAUGCUAAGCAUGAAAAUCUCAAUAAUGAAAUUGAGAGAGUCAAGAAAGAGAAUGACAACAUGCAGAUUGAGCUGAGGCACUUGAGGGGAGAGGAUAUAACAUCUUUGAAUCACAGAGAUCUCAUGGCCUUAGAGGAAACCCUUGAAACUGGUCUGGCUAGUGUUCGUAACAAACAGAUGGAGGUCCUCAAGAUGAUGAGAAGGAAUGAAAAGAUUUUGGAGGAGGAGAAUAGGCGUCUCAGUUUUGCUCUGCAACAACAGGAGAUCGCGAUAGAAAAUAGCGCAAGAGAGAUGGAAAACGGAUAUCAACAAAGAAUGAGAGAGUAUAACGCACACAUGCCUUUCGCCUUUCGAGUGCAACCUAUUCAACCAAAUUUACAAGACAGGAUUUAGAAGUGAUGUUGUUGCUACUUAAUUAAAAUUCCUUUGCAAGUAAUUGAAGACUUUUAGUUGCUUUUCAUGGUUGCAAUAUCUGGGACUACUAGCUUCAUAAGAGACAUUUACUCAAUUAAUUAAGCCCAAUUAAAACCUUAAUCCAAUUUGAUUUCAUGAUUU